GCAGCGACGAAUGUAAUCGCACUGUAACUGUUUAACAGUAAACAUGAUGCAUGGAGUUCGCAAACGAUUCCGCUGAGUUUGUUGUAAUUGACAACUAAUGAAAACUGCCUGAAAGAAAUGUCCUUAAUGGAUAUACCUGACGCAAUAGAUUCGGUAGAAGCACUUCAGGAACUAGGAUGGGGUGACCUCCCAUUGCGUCCAUACCAGCUUGAGGGAGUGAACUGGCUGAUUAACUGCUGCCAGCAAGGUCAUGGCUGUAUCCUUGGUGAUGAAAUGGGCCUCGGAAAGACGUGUCAGACUAUUGCACUGCUGACAUAUCUGAAUGGCAGCCAAUCUGGCCCCCACCGCCCCCACCUGGUGGUGUGUCCUCGCUCGGUCUUGGAGAACUGGGACAUGGAGUUCAGCAGAUUUUCACCCCAAACCAAAACUCUGUGUUUUGUUGGCGACAAAGAUGUCCGAAAUGACCUGUCAAAGAAGAUAAAGGCUACCAAAAAAGAAAAAGGGACGUAUGAAUUUGAUGCUCUUAUAACAGCGUAUGAGCUCUGUAUGAAGGACCAUCUGUUUCUGAAGACCAUCCCCUGGAGCGUAUUGGUGGUGGAUGAGGCUCAUCGACUCAAGAACCAGGAUUCUCUGCUGUACAAGACUCUGGAGGAGUGGGACAUCUCCUGCAGCGUGCUGCUCACCGGAACUCCCGUACAGAACAAUCUGAGAGAGCUGUAUGCCCUGCUCAGUUUCAUUGCUCCCAGGAUGUUCCGGCUGUCUAAAGUGGACAAGUUUGUGGAAACAUACAGCAACACAGAGAAGGAAGAAGGUCUUGAGGAGCUGCAUGAGCUGCUUAAACCCUAUCUGCUUCGGCGCACCAAGAACAAUGUUCUCUCAGACCUGCCCAACAAGAUGGAGGUGGUUCUGUACCAUGGAGUGUCCAGUCUCCAGAAGAAGCUAUACAAGGGCAUCCUCACCAGGGAUCCAGAAGCCUUCCAGAACACUGGGAUGCAGACUGCCCAGCCCCGCCUCAUGAACAUCCUGAUGCAGCUGAGGAAGUGUGUCAACCAUCCCUAUCUCUUUGAUGGUGUGGAGCCAGAGCCAUUUGAGCUGGGUGAGCACCUGGUGGAGGCCAGUGGGAAGCUGGUGCUGAUAGACAAGCUGCUGUGCCACCUGAAACAGGCUGGACACAAGGUGCUCAUGUUCUCCCAGAUGACACACAUGCUGGACAUCCUCCAGGAUUACCUGGGAUACAGAGAUUUUACGUAUGAGCGUCUCGAUGGGUCAGUCCGAGGGGAAGAAAGGUUUCUAUCAGUCCGUAAUUUCAAUGAGAAUGAUGAAACCUUUGUCUUUCUUCUCAGCACAAAAGCAGGUGGUCAGGGGAUUAACCUGACGGCUGCUGAUACCGUCAUCUUCGUCGACAGUGACUUCAACCCUCAAAAUGACCUUCAAGCUGCUGCUAGAGCUCACAGGAUCGGACAGACGAGGCCUGUGAAGGUGAUCAGACUGGUCGGGCGGAACACGGUGGAGGAGAUUGUUCUGGCCAGAGCAGAGCAGAAGCUGAAACUGACUGACAAGGUGAUAGAAAGUGGUCAGUUCACAGCUGGCGGGAAGCACUUACUGUUUGCCGACAACAAACAACAGCUUCAAGAUGUCCUGAGGUUCGGUGUAGACAAGCUGCUGAAUGCCGAUGAGGAGGACAGUAGUGAUAUCGACCUGGAGAAGUACCUGGGAGCUACCAUUGAUGGGGCAUGGCAGCUGGAGGAAAAGGUGGAGGAGGAAGAGGACCAGACAGGGGAGGGCAAUAUGGGUGAUGAUGCUCCCCAGAGCAUGUAUAUGUUUGAAGGCACAGACUACUCGAAGGAUACCACAGCUGCUGACAGGAAGGCUGUUGAAGAUCUUCUUGAGGUGGAGCACAUUGUACAGUCUGAAAUUGCAUCUGGGGAGAGAACUCUACGCAUGAAGAAGGAGAAAAGUCUCCUUGGCCCAUUGCCUGAGCUCCAGCGCAAGGCCCGCAAACAACUGACUCCCCAGGAGCUGGAGGAGCGCAAGAGGAGGAGGAUGGAAGCAGCAGAGAAGCGUGCCAAGCUGGCAGAGGAACAAGAGAUACGACGAGCUCAGGAGCAGCGCAAGAAGAGGGAAAAACUGUGGAGGGCCAACAACUAUACGUCAUGCAAUGUAACCUUGAACAGCGAGGAAGAAGACUCCCAGGAGGAGGAUGGAGAAGAAGAGGAGGAGGAGAAUGGCAGACGACGUGCUAUACAGUAUGUGAGUGGUGAUGUCACCCACCCUAGUGAUGCCGGCACCCUCAACAACAUCAUUGUCCACUGUGCAGACGAUGCUGGUCAGUGGGGACGGGGAGGUCUGUUCUCGGCCCUUUCAGCCAGGUCACCCAACCCACAGACACAGUACGAGCUGGCAGGCAAGAUGAAAGAUCUGGCCCUGGGGGACUGUCACCUGGUGUGUCUGGACGCUGAGGAUUGCCAUGAGUGGUUGACUCUGCUCAUAGCCCAGCACAGAGACAAGAGAAACAACCUCUCGGGCAUCAAAUUGUCAGCACUUCGAGUUGGACUGGAGAAGAUUCACUCUGUUGCCAAGAAACAUAAAGCCAGUGUCCACCUUCCACGUAUUGGUCACAACACUCCUGGCUUCAACUGGUACGGCACGGAGAGACUGAUUCAGAAACACCUGGCCUCUGCUGGAAUACCCACCUUCAUUUAUUACUUUCCCCGGAGACAGAAGCGGAAGGCACCACCCCCGCCAGUCCACCGCCAUCACCCUCAGCCAGCCCAUCCACAUCAUCAUCAGCAGCAGCAGCAGAAAGACCUCUCAAAUUUCUGAAGCGACUGAGUAGUGGGGCAUCAUCCAGGCGGAGCUCCUCACCAUUGCCCACCUACUUCACAGGCUGCUCCAUCUACCUCCAUGACAUCCCAGACGAUGACCGCAAGUACUACAG